AUGGUGAAUAGGUAGAUGAUAAAUUUUAAGGAUAAAGCAUAUUGUAUAAUGAUACUCCGAAAAUUGAAGAUAAUAAUUAUAGAAAUCUUGAAGUUAAGGAUUGUAAUUUAAUCCUUCAUUAUUAAAGGCUUUGAUAAAUAUGCUAGAUAAUUUUAUGAUGAGAAUAAAAAUGGUUUAUAUUUUUUAAAAGUGA